GCGCGGAGGCCCGCGUCUCGCUGGUCCCGCAGCCUGCACGCCGGGCCCCUGGAGGCAGGACUCGGGGUCGGGGGAGCCAGUCCCGUGGGCGCGCGGCUCUCGGGGCGGUCCCCGAGCGUGUCCCGGACGGCCGGGCGGGCGUCGACCAGGGCCCCACCCUGCAGUCGAGCUCCACCCCAGCUCCUUCCCCAGGUGGGAAGUUGGGGGUCGGAGGGGUCUGUCCCCACCGCGGCCAUGUUUAUCACGGUGAUGUUCGGAGCUGGCUGCUGGGAGCUGGUGAACACCUGGUGUGGCCUCGGGACCCUCACCGCCCACCUGAGGCAGAGGGGCCAGGUGCCCCCUGACGCGACCAUCGCCCUGCUGGCUGAGGAUGGGCACCUGGUGAGCCUCGCGGAGGGGCUGGAGGAAGGGCCUUCCCCGGCGCCCUCCGUGGCCAGCCCCCUGCUGCGGGAGCGGGGGACCUACGUCCUGGUGCAGACCAUCAAGGGGGAGGGAGGGGACCCCACCUGCUAUGAGUCCCUCCUGGAGAACCUGGAUGGGCAGCGUCCAGAGCUGGCCGGUGAGUGUCACUCACAUGGGAGAGCCUGGGGGCGGGGGCGCCUGCCCACCUGCGCCCUCAGGCAGGGUUUCCCGGGCCUCACAGAGGAGCUGCGCUGGCGGUUGGGCCUGCUCCCCGAGGGCGACGGCCAGAGGCGGCGCCUGGGCACUCGGCGUGGCCACCAGGAGCAAGGCCCUCCUUCACGGCCUCUGCUGUCCAGGACCCAAGAGCUGGGGCCUGGAGCCAGGGAGAUUGCAUCAGCAAGAGGCGCAAGGUCACCGACGGAGCGUGAGGCCACAGAGACGAAAAGGGUGGAGGGGCGGCGCUCCUUGAGAGGAGGUGGCACGCUCCUCCAGGGUCUCCAGCUGGCCGGAGUCAGACGCCCUUGAGGCCUGAGGUCAGCAGUUAAUGCCUCACCGUCCGGUCUGCGCUGCCUGUUGGAUUACGCAGGAUGACAAGGUCGCCCUCCCCACUGGGGACAGCAGCUGAAGGGGCAGCACCCCACCCCGCAGUGGGACUUCUAUCUCCCUCCGCCCCACCCCCUGCAGACAGUUCAACGAGGGCACACAGCAGGUUCGGCUAAAAUAAAGGCUUUUAAUUGCA